AUGGACUUCCACGGCGGGUCUGCGGGAAAACUCAGUGAAAAUAAGCCACGAAAUAACGGACGGCAUAACCACGACUACUUGACCUACAACGAAGCUGAGAUUAGAGCUCUAACGCGUGGUUUGGCUGAAGCCACGAAAAUGAAGAAAAAAAUUGCUCUCCUAAAGGAUGAUGCGCAAACCAUGAGAGGAAGACUCAUCAGGUCUAGCAAUCUAGCUAUGCUGGAUUAUGGCACAUAUCUCGAAUCAUCUUCUUAUAAGGUUAUAAAGGAGCCAGAAACCACAAGAGAUUUGUAUCUUCUUCAUCAAGUUAAUGAAGCUAAGAAAGCAGAAUCAGGGGUUGCAAUUUACGCUAAGAAAGAUAAUCUCUUGCUUAGGACUGAUCAGGGACAACUACCAGACGACUGCAUGACCCUCAUGGGGAGAAUAACUAUUCAUCCUCUUGAUAAAGCCAAGUCGUCAGCGAAAGAGAAAGAGACUUGUGUGAUCUGUUUCGACGAAGACAUUGAUUCUGAUGAUCUCAUGUUUUCUGUUGAUAGUAGAUGCGGUCAUCGGUUUUGUGUGAACUGUGUGACACAACAUUUAGUGGUCACGCUGCUUGAUGGAACCUUACCGAAUUGUCUUCAGCAUGGCUGCAUGACUCAGCUGUCUGUUGAUAUAUGCGGAAAGCUUUUGACUCCCGACAUGAGUUUGAGGUGGAAAGAGAUGACUGAAGAGAACUCAAUUCCUUACAACGAGAGAGUUUAUUGUCCUUACGAAAGCUGCUCUUACCUGAUGUCUAAAACAAAGCUUGUUUUAGCUUCUGCAUGUGGACAUAGGAGAUGCUUGAAAUGUGGUGGCUCCUUCUGCUUCUAUUGCAAGGCUCCAUGGCAUGGUAUGCUAUCGUGCAACGAGAACAAGAAGUUGCAUCCUAAUACUCAAAAUGCAAAGCUCAUCUCUUUGGCGAAUCGUAAUGGAUGGCGUCAAUGCGGCAAAUGCAACCACAUGGUUGAACGUUCUGACGGAUGCAGGCACAUGACUUGUAGGUGUGGGAAUUGUUUUUGCUAUGACUGUGGAGUUGGCCUGAAUAUCUCAUUGGUCCAUAGAUGUCUCAUUUCUCGGGACGAUUACGUUGCGCAGCCAAGGUUUAUGUUGGACAGUGACGCGACUAAUUAUCCGACCACUAAGCGUGAUCGACUAGCCCACCAGGGCUAA